AAGCAUAAAAAAGUCUUCGAAAGAAUACAUGCACACGCAUGUUAGUGUUCUUUUACGAGUUUCGUACUGUUAUUAGUGAAGAAUGCGAAUGAUAAAAGCGAGUGAUCAUGCACAUUUACAUGGAACUAUGUUAACGGGUAAAACUUUUGAAAUGAAUUAAGCGCCACCCUGCAGUAUAUUUAGUAACACAUGGAUACUGCCGUGCUCGCAUACUUGUCCAUGAGCGAGCCAUGUGCAAUACAUGAAUGUGUUUGAAACGUGAUCAUAGGUGGUCUAGGGGGAAAAGUAGCCUCGAGUUUAACCGGAUCUUGUGCAUGUGUGUGAGAGCCGGUUACAGGACGGCGGAUCCCCGUCGCAUGUCUUUCUCUGAUAAGCCGCAGAGGACUCUCGCCACUCGACAGAGGAUCCUCCGCAGCCCCAGAAAUGCAAAUCUGCCACGUUGCUCCUACUUUGUGACCUCUGACCCGACCAAGGGCCGCACCAUGGAGAAGCUGAAGAGGCUCGGGAAGCAGCUGCUGCGGGUGAAGGCGGUAAACGGCGGCGAGGACUCGCGGCUCUCGCGCUGCCUCAACACCUUUGACCUGGUGGCACUGGGAGUGGGCAGCACGCUGGGUGCCGGCGUGUACGUGCUGGCGGGGGCUGUGGCCCGGGAGAACGCGGGGCCCGCCAUCGUCCUGUCCUUCCUGAUCGCCGCGCUGGCGUCUGUGCUCGCCGGCCUCUGCUACGCCGAGUUCGGCGCUCGGGUCCCCAAAACAGGUUCGGCGUACCUGUACAGCUACGUGACUGUGGGCGAGCUCUGGGCCUUCAUCACGGGAUGGAACCUCAUCCUCUCUUACAUCAUCGGGACGUCCAGUGUGGCACGAGCCUGGAGCGCCACGUUCGAUGAGCUCAUCGGGAGGCACAUUGAGGCCUUCUGUCGGACCCACAUGAGCAUGCGGGCACCGGGCAUCCUGGCCGAGUACCCUGACAUGUUUGCCGUUCUCAUCAUCAUCACACUAACAGGCUUGCUGGCCUUCGGCGUCAAGGAGUCGGCCAUGGUCAACAAGGUGUUCACCUGCAUCAACGUGCUGGUUCUCUUCUUCGUGGUCGUCUCGGGGCUGGUCAAGGGCACGCUCAAGAACUGGGACCUGGACCCCAGCAGCAUCUUCAACAGCACCAACUCAUCAAACCUCAACUCAUCGGGGCCGCUGCUGUCCAGAGAGAGCCUCGGCGUCGGCGGCUUCAUGCCCUUCGGCUUCACGGGCGUCUUGUCCGGCGCGGCCACCUGCUUCUACGCUUUCGUGGGCUUCGACUGCAUCGCCACCACAGGUGAGGAGGUGAAGAACCCCCAGAGGGCCAUCCCCAUUGGCAUCGUGUCCUCCCUCCUCAUCUGCUUCGUGGCCUACUUCGGCGUGUCUGCCGCCCUUACUGUGAUGAUGCCGUACUACAUGCUGGACAAAAACAGCCCACUGCCUGUGGCUUUCAAGUACGUGGGCUGGGAGGGGGCCACCUACGCAGUGGCGGUGGGCUCCCUCUGUGCCCUGUCCACCAGUCUCCUAGGCUCCAUGUUCCCCCUCCCACGCAUUAUCUUUGCCAUGGCCCGCGAUGGUCUGCUCUUCUCUUUUCUGGCACGGGUGAGCGAGCGGAAGACCCCCAUCAUCUCCACCAUGGCAGCAGGGGUCAUGUCCGCGGUGAUGGCCUUCCUGUUUGAUCUCAAGGACCUGGUAGACCUCAUGUCCAUUGGCACGCUGCUGGCUUACACCCUGGUUGCAGCCUGUGUCCUUGUCCUCAGGUACCAGCCGGAGCAGCUCAACCAGCUGGCUAUCACACAGGAUGAGGUGGAGCUCAGCGAGUCCAUCGGCGCCCACAGCAUGGGCAUCCUGCCUGGCGUGGAGGAACGCUUCAGCAUGAAGAACCUCCUCUAUCCAGAGAAACCGGAGCCUUCCAACCUGUCCGGAUCUGCGGUCAACGUCAGCACCAGCGUGCUAGGGUCCCUCAUCCUGGUGUUCAGCGUAUUGGCCGUCCAGGAGGGCCUCGCACUCUGGAAGGUGGCUGCCCUGGGAGUGCUAGCUGUGGCAUGUCUGGGCCUCACCCUGCUGAUAUGGAGGCAACCGGAGAGCAAGACAAAGUUGUCAUUUAAGGUACCUCUGCUGCCCUUUAUCCCAGUUAUCAGCAUGUUUGUCAACGUGUACCUGAUGAUGCAACUUGGCCGGGGCACCUGGGUUCGCUUCGCCAUUUGGAUGGCCAUAGGCUUUGUUAUCUACUUUGGUUAUGGGAUCUGGCACAGCACAGAGGGCACGCUCGCCCGCUCCAGCACCGAGGCCGACCUUGAGGGGUAUAAGCCCACCUGCACCAGUGAGGACACUAUGUUUCAUGAAAAGGAGGCCUUUCUCUCUAAUGGGCUUGACGCCAGGGGUGAGGAAGACGGGGACCUCUAAGGAUCUGGAUGGGGGGCACUAGUGGACCCCCUGUUUUUAUGUAUGACCUGUUUUUAAGUCAGCAAUGAUACUUGAAAGAAAUACUUUAAAGUUGAAAAGCAAUAUCAAGCAAAUCAAAGGCUAAAGUUCAGACUGGCCCAACAAAUCUUUCUUCCGGUUGAUGAGAAACCAAAAAUUGAAGACGAAAUGCUUCUCUGUUCUUUGUUGUACAGAAGACAGGCAUCUUGCAGUAACAACAAAACCAAACAGAACUGUGAAAACCAUGUCCCAAUACAUCUAAACAUCUCUAAAAUUGCUGUUUUCGUUUUGUGGCCGUUUAUUGGUUUCUGCUUUUUGAUUGUUUCGAGUUUAGGCACGAUUUCCCAGCAUUCAGUGCUGCAGCUUUCAGCACUUAUGUCAAAGAGCUAUGCCUCUUAAUCUAGAAUGGGGUCACAUGAUGCAGGAAUCCUCCAAGUCUCCGAGAUCCAAACAUAUUGCCGUAGCUUGCUUUUGGGGUACAGUCCAAUUCCAAAACCUCAUAUAACACAUGUGUUUUGCAGGGUGUCCUUGUCAUAAUUUACGGUGAGAAACACCCUCUCUUUCAGUGUAAGUCAUGAUUCAGGGACUCUGCACUGAGUAACUUCAGCUCUUGAUGUUCAAUGCACUUUCAGGUUGUCAUAUUGAGUUAAACCGAAUCAGGGAAAUAAUCAUAUCUGCAUACACUUCUAAAGUAAAAUGCUAAACCUUAACACCAUUGAAAGUGGUAAAUGAGACUUUCCCAACAAAAGUGAUCCAUUACUUUAAGGUAACACUUUAUAUGACCCGGCACAAAUAUUUAGUAAUAACUCAGUUACUAGUGAAGUAAAAAUAUAGUUGCUACUUGAGAUAAAAGAUGCGUCACAAUUAAUUAAUGAUGAACAAACAUGAGAUCAGUAUUUCACUUGGGUUAUAUAUUACUUGUUCCUUCAGUAGUUCACAAAGGUUUACAGAAUUAACAGAUAUACUGUAGUAACACAUAGAGUAACUGCUUAGGAUAAAAGUUGCAUCAUAAUGCAUUAAUGAUGAACAAAUAUGAGAUCAGUAUUUCACUAGUAUUAUGACUUGAUCCUUCAGUAGUUAAGUUUUACAGAAUUAACAGAUAUAGUAACAAAUAUAGUAAAUGCUUGAGCUAAAUCAUGCGUCACGAUUCAUUAAUGAUGAAUUAACAUGAGAUCAGUUUGUAAUUAAGAUUUUGUUUGUGGUUAAUUGAUACAUAAUACAUAAUGGUGUAAUACUGCAUUAUUUGUGUCUUGUCAAAUUGGUGUUACCACUUUAAUUUUUAUUAGGGCUAGAUUUUGUAAGGAAAGGAUAGAGCUGUGCAAGAAGCAAAUUCAGGGGUGGAAAUUUUGCUACUAGCCAUCUGAGGUAGAUCAGUAAAAAAAAAAAACAUUUUUUUAUUAGCCAGCAAGCUAGUAUUCAGUAUUUUGUACUCACCCUUCAUCUAAAAUACUCUCCUCUGGUGAGAGGGUGAGCUUAAUGUUCAGCGCUGGGUAUAAUCAUUUGUUAUUCGAUUGAAUGUGUGCGUCGUGACAGAUGCUAGCCUCACCGGACAAAAGCUGGAAAACGAGAGCACUGGCCAAAGAUCUUAACUAGUUAGCUAACCAGUGUCAUGUUAUGUUAUGGGAACACAGUGCUGGCUAUUGUGUCUCAGUCAACUUGAAUUUUUUAUUAAGCUUUCACUUUUUGCUCUCCCACCACUACUGCUGUUUUUGUAUUUGAACUAACAAGUUCUAUUUCUUUGUUCGCACGAGACCUCUGACGCAAAUGUUUCUGCCUGAUCUCCCUUUGUAGGUUGCACGUCACUCUGCUGAUUGUUAUAAACAAACACGAUUUGUACAAGACACAAAGCAUUUGCUGAAUAUGGAUGAAUGAAACAAAAUCUUCACUAUGCAGCAGGUUGCAUUACAUUAAGAAAUGUAACAAAUGCAGUAGCACUUGUGUUGUGCCAAAAUAUACAUUUACAAUACUUGUGAAUACUACAGAUGUAGACAGUUAAACAAUAUAAUAGAGACAUUUUUCUGUACAUAAGUAGUGAAUUCUGUACAUUAGUAAAUUAUUUGAAAAAUUGUCAUAUAUUUUAAGAAAGUAGGAUAUCAGUGCUUUGUAUUUUGGGAGUGUAUUUCAUGGUGAGAAAUGGUGUGGUUUUUUUUUUCUAGCUUUUUAACAGUCAGUUCGUUGUUUUGCAAAGUUUUUAUGUGCUUUGGUGUUUUUUUUUUUUUUUAAUUGCCACAUCAUGCUGCUCAUUAUGAUACGAUAACCAAUUAACUGUGGACAGAAUGUUGCUAAAAUAUACCAUAAUUGAUUACAUUGUUUCAGAGCAUAAUGUUACAUAGAAACUGGGCAUUCUGUCUAGAGCAGUGUUUCUCAUCCUUGGGAACUUCCAGGCGGUCCAUGUUUUUGCUCCCUGUUGGAAGUGGGGAAGGAGCAAAAACUUGGACUGUCUAGGGAUCCCUGAGGACCAGGUUAAGAAACACUGGUCUAAAACGCUUCUUGACAUUUUACUGUGGGAUAGAUUGUACUCAUACAUAUGCCUUGAUAUUUCUGUCUGCAUUGCUGUCAUUCUUACCUCCUCACCUGCCUGUAGUCAUGCCUCUUUAAAAAGUACACAAGUUCAAGCCACUGAGAUUUUCUUAUACAUAUUCUCAAAAAAAUGUUUUUGACACUGUUUAUAAAGACAACUGAUAUAAUAAUGUGACUCCCCAUUUGUUUCAUUUUGUGUUAAGAUUUUUCUGCCUAAGCAUAAUUUGUCCUGAAAGUAGAUACUUGUUUAGCAAAAUACAGUUUUAAUGCUGUUUCAGCUGUCAAGCUGAAAUAGCAGUUACAUAGUAGUAUGAUUAUAUUUAAAAUAUUAAAAUGUAACAUGCUCAGAAGACACCGACACAAACGCAAGCUCCACACACAGAACCAGGGUCGGAUCCAAACCCACGUCCCUGUUGCUCUGAGGUCAGCUCCCCACCCUCUUCUACACUGGUGUAUAUAUUUAAUACAACAAUUUGCUUUUUGUGCGUAAGGGCAGCUAUGGUGUGGCAUGGGGUGUGUGUAUCUUUGUAUUUAUAGAUUGUUUUUUCUUCAACCCUCUGCUGUGUUUGUCGUCUCUUUGGGAUACAUAUGGCUGUCAUGUCCAUUUCCUGGACCAUUUCCAAUGAGUUCUUCCUCUGUGAAUAUUUUCCUUGACUUGUUAUAAUAUGUCGGUUCGAACUGUAAAAUAUCUAUGAAGUGUUUUUCGUCUCAAUUGAUGCUGCUGUAAAUAAAUCCUAGCAUUUUAACCAG